CGCCGCCGCCCGCUUGUCCGCCUCCCUGCGCCAUGGCAGGCUGCGCGGCGCGGGCUCCGCCGGGCUCCGAGGCGCGCCUCAGCCUCGCCACCUUCCUGCUGGGCGCCUCGGUGCUCGCGCUGCCGCUGCUCACGCGCGCCGGCCUGCAGGGCCGCACCGGGCUGGCGCUCUACGUGGCCGGGCUCAACGCGCUGCUGCUGCUGCUCUACCGGCCGCCGCGCUACCAGAUAGCCAUCCGAGCCUGUUUCCUUGGCUUUGUGUUUGGCUGUGGAGUGCUGCUAAGUUUUAGCCAGUCUUCCUGGAAUCACUUUGGCUGGUAUAUGUGCUCCCUGUCAUUGUUCCACUAUUCUGAAUAUUUAGUCACAGCAGUCAAUAACCCCAAGAGCCUGUCCUUGGAUUCCUUUCUCCUGAAUCACAGUCUGGAGUACACAGUUGCGGCUCUUUCUUCUUGGAUAGAGUUCACACUUGAGAAUAUUUUCUGGCCAGAACUGAAGCAGAUCACCUGGAUCAGCGCCACGGGGCUGCUGAUGGUGGUGUUUGGAGAGUGUCUGAGGAAAGCGGCAAUGUUUACAGCUGGUUCCAAUUUCAACCACGUGGUGCAGAAUGAAAAGUCAGAAACCCACACUCUAGUGACCAGCGGGGUAUACGCUUGGUUCCGGCAUCCGUCCUACGUCGGGUGGUUUUACUGGAGUAUUGGAACCCAGGUGAUGCUGUGUAACCCCAUCUGCGGGGUGAGCUACGCUCUGACAGUGUGGCGGUUCUUCCGCGACCGGACAGAGGAGGAAGAAAUCUCGCUGAUCCACUUUUUCGGAGAGGAGUACCUGGAGUAUAAGAAGCGGGUGCCCACGGGCCUGCCUUUCAUAAAAGGGGUCAAGGUGGAGCUAUGACAGGCCCAGGGUGGCCCAGGCCAGGCUGGGGGGCCUCCCGCUCCUUGCAGCCUGGGGACAGAACUGCCUCCUGUCGACCACUCUGCAGAAUGGAUUUUCUUAAUCAUUUUCUAUGUCACCAAUUACUCUUCCGGAAUAUCACUCAAAAUCAAAUGGUCAGAAGGCCUUAGGACCAAAGGAACCCCCACCCCCAGCCCCCUACUCCCCACCGCCCUGGAGCAGCCUGCUCUUGGGCUGAAUCAAGGUAGGACGUAGAUUAAAGGUGGACAAGAAGCAAAUAACAGCAAUACCCAGCAGCGCCCCCCAGACGUGCCUGGGGAGUGCCUAGGCCACACUUCAGCCCCUCACGAGGCCAGGGGUGUUGAGUUAUAAUCAAGACUCCUGGGGAGAGAGGUGAGCUCCCCCCUCACGUGAGUGAGGCGCCUGCCGCAGGAAGGGGCGCACGGGCAUCAGUGCUUAUUAGUGUUAGAGACACGUUCAGAAUCCUCACUUUAACCGAAAAACAGAAACAGCACAGCUUUAACCUCCUUAUUUCCGUCCUUACAUGCGUGAGCUUCUCUACAAUUUAAGAUGCUUCCUUUGGUUCCUCACAUAUCUCAUCCUAUUUACUUAUAUAUUUUUUAAAAAUAGCAGUAUAAACUCAAAGAGGACUUAACACGGUGUAUGAGCCUCACACUUUAUUCGGCAGAAAGGCAGCAUGGAUGCCCCCAAUGACCUGGCUGAGGCUUCAGGUUACCAAGGCUCUCUGCGCCAGGGAGAUGGUGGGCCCCUGUGGAUUUCUGAGGGGCCUGGCACCUGCUCUCCUUCCAAAAGGGCCUGGCGUUAGCAGUGACAGGCGUGUCAAAGAUGUGUCAUUCGUCCUUUAUCCAAGAAAUGCUUCCUGGACACCUGCUCUGUGCAAGGCAUUGUUAAACAUUGAGAAAUACUGCUCUCCGUUUAUUUGGGAUUUAUUCUUAUUUUACCAUAGCUUAUAUUUUUGUGUUUUGACUUAAAUGUAUUAACCAUUGAUUCCUAUGGUCUGUUCUCAAACUUCUAUCAUCCCUAAUGCCAUUUCAGACUGUCUUUUUCGAAGGGGUUUGAGCAUAAGCAACUAUAAAAUUCCAGCAAGUCGACUCAUGAAAAAAAUAGAGCUGAGAUUUAGUCACUGCUUUUUUUUUUUUUUAUGUUUUUUUCUUCCCAUUUAUUUUUAUUAGUUGGAGGCUAAUUACUUUACAACUACUUUUGUUUUUCAAGUUUGGGGAGAGUGGUUGGCUCUACGAGUCCGAGCUCUGAGGCGCUAGUUGAAUUCUGGAUUAGAGAGAGGAACUUGGUCUCAGUGUGACUCUGUCCAUGAAGCCCUGCGGUGGCGCCUGGGAGCGUGGAUCGAAGGCAGCGUCGGCGCCUGACUGGAGCGCUGCUGCACCACGCCACCUGGCUUUCAAGGAGUCACUAAACCCUGCUGUGCCUAGACCUCCCCAUCUGUAGAAUGGGUCCAUACCACCUACCUCACAGGGGUGUUGUGAAGACUUAGAAGAACGAUGUCAAAUGUUUUUAACACUUUGGUGAGAGAGAUGACAAACAAAACCAGUACCGUGUGAGUUACACAAAACUGGACAUUGGAUUCACUGUACCAGAUACCGGAAAAGUGUGUUCAGAAAAGCAUCUUACCAACUCAAAAUGCUAUUUAUUUCUAGAUUUCCUGGCCGAAUUAGUUUUUUUGAUGAUUAUAUAUACCAAAGAGGUGUACGGGUUCGUCGGCGAGGGGUGUGACGCUCCAGCCUUGGCCUCCUGAGGUCUUGCCUGCCGACAGCCCAGGCGGCAGCCUCAAGGCGGGAGGUCCCUCUGGCGGGAACGCUGCCUGGUGGGACGUCAGAUGCACUUAGUGUGUGUGAGGAUUGAAUCAGUCCUAAACUUGUUCCCCAGGCCACGCUCAGCAAAAUCAACCCACUUAGUAGGACUGCAGGAUGGAGGCGAGUGUGGCUGCAGCUUUGGCAGCCACCCCUACUCUCCAAGGCAAAGUUCUUGCUGUGGCUAGCCGGAUAGGACCCAGCUUUCCUCAACACUGGGGACCUUGAGGCUGUCUUUAGCACACGGAGAGCCGCUAAUAACGCCUGGCUUUGUGGACCGUAAGACUGAAGGCGUUGGCCUCUGACAGCCUGUCCCUCCUCCACCUGCCUGCCAGGCGGGGGGCUCAGGAGGCCGGCCCUGGUGUCCCAGGGAGAUGCUGUCACACCACCCACCCGGGCUUGACCACCCGGGCUUGACAGGACGUUCUGCCCUGCUUUGUCCCCUAGGGCGGAAAUCAGCAAUUACUUAGGGAUCAGAGAUGAACCGCUUUGGGACAGGCUUUGGCAAGCGAUCGACGUUCAUCUAGCACUGAGAUCUUCAGGUUAUUUUUAACUUCAUAAAUUUAGCAGUGCCAGCGUGCAGGGAGGAGAAUCAGGUUAAUGAGGUACAGGCUUUUUGGGUAUUCCCGAAAGCUUUUCUUUGGGUAAGGGCCAUAUUGCCAGUUCCCUCCAAUUAAAUAAACCGUCAGGAGACUUCUUUUUCCAUCCCAGGUUUCAAAGUGGAGACUCUGAAAUGGAAGAGAGGUGCCGCAUAGAACAAAGUUGUUUGGAAGCAGUGUAAAACAAAACACUUCAUGAGAGUUUGCAGGCUGGGGCCAAGAAUGCUGGUUUAUGGAAAAGAAGUUGUGGGGCGAACCUGACAGAAGGCAGCAUACCCCACCACCUUUUCAUGGUCAUGAGCCGUUUUGUACACCUAAAAAGUAAACUCUAUUAAUCCCUUUAACUAUCUAACUCUGGUUGGUCAUCAUGAUGGGGAAACGUCCCUGAACCCAGGGGUUGCGUUAAUAGUAGGGUCUCCUUUUGGUAGCAGCCCCUCGGUGAUGGGAAUGGUGACUCCCUGGCCCUUCUCUGCACUUUCUUAACUGCCUUAGAUAGUUGUGCUCUCUCUCUGCUCCGCGUUUUGCUUCUGUAGCAACUUAGCAAGGCCGGGCCACCCCCAGCCUGUCUGGCUGGUGGGGUGGGGGUGGGGGGAGACUUGCUGUCAGUCUAUGCCCUCCUGGGCUCGCUCCUGUGGGUCUGUCCCAUAGCUAAGCUAGGAGAGUAACCUUACAGAGUAAUUGCUCUUCUUUUUACAUGCAGAAAUGUUUAUUUAAAUAUUGGAUUUUCUUUCACAGAUACUGAUGGUUUCCAAUUCUUAAAUAAAACUACUUGAUUUCGCUAUGAA